GCAGCAAGUAGUAUUUUUUAGAGGUGGGACAAACACACACAGGCACAUUUAUUCUUUGAUGCUGCGGCAAAGUGCAAACACAAUGGGGAAAGAGCCUGUGCUUUAUAUAGUUAUAUAGUGUGCAAAACAAACUCAAAAAUAGAAACCAAUCCCACCAUCAAUAUAAUCCUGGUACACUAUAUAUAUACAUGAAAUAUUACCCACUAGCAGCAGCUGCAGCAGCAACCUGAGAUUACCUGAUUCAGAAUCAAGAUUUUGAAGAAGAAGAAAGAAUAAUGGGUAGAGGUAGGGUUCAGCUGAAGCGGAUCGAGAACAAGAUAAGCAGGCAAGUGACCUUCUCCAAGAGGAGGUCGGGGUUGCUGAAGAAGGCAAAUGAGAUCUCUGUCUUGUGUGAUGCUGAAGUUGCUUUGAUAGUCUUUUCAACCAAAGGAAAGCUCUUCGAGUACUCCACUGAAUCAAGUAUGGAGAGGAUUUUGGAAAGAUAUGAAAGAUACUCGUACGCUGAGAAAAGACUCAGUGGCUCUGGCCCUGGACAACAGGAUAAUUGGUCUCUGGAGCACCCUAAGCUCGUGUCUAGGAUUGAACUUCUGCAGAGAAACAUAAAGCAUUAUGUUGGGGAGGAUCUGGAUUCCCUAAGCCUGAGGGAGCUUCAGACUUUGGAGCAACAGCUGGACGCUGCUCUGAGGCGAAUACGUACCAGGAAGAAUCAAGUCAUGCACGAGUCCAUCGCUGAGCUUCGGAAGAAGGAGAAAACAUUGCAGGAGCAAAACAGCUUGUUGGCAAAGCAGAUCAAGGAAAACGACAAGAUAGUCAUGGAGCGCUUGCACUUGAUUCAACGCUCCUCGGCCCUCGUACUAUCCGAGCCUGCUCCAGGCUCGGUGCCCGUCCCAUCCUUGGCAGCUGGUGGUCCUUUCCAGGUAAGAGGACCCACAGGCGAGGAGGAUGGAAGGAGAGGCAAGAACACGCUCAUGCCGCCGCCGCCGCCGCCGCCUUGGCUGGUUCGUCGCAUGAGUUGAUACGGAGAGGAAAUGUAAUUCGCUCUGAAUCCGGGGAGGAUGAUGGGGGCCAAACUGUCGUCGACUAAACAGUCAUCAGCUCUCAAAGAAUAAAAAUAAUAAAAUAAAUGGGGGUCUAUUGUCUCCAUUUAUCGAUUCCAAUUCAUACUUGUAACUUGAGUAGUAUUAUUUUAUCAAGUGUGCUUAGAAAAGCUUUAUUGUGGACACAUAUAAGAAUGAGAUGUAAGAUUGAGCCUAUUGUGAAUGAAUGCUUCCUUUCCCUUCGUCUAAA